GGAAGUGCUCGUCCCGACGCCAUGGGAGCCGAGAAGAGGCUGCUGUCCAUUAAGGAGGCUUUUCAGCUGGCGCAGCAGCCGCACCAAAACCAGGCGAAGCUGGUGGUGGCGCUGAGCCGCACCUACGGCACGGUGGAUGACAAAACAGUUUUUCAGGAGGAGUUCGUUCACUAUCUUAAAUAUGCCAUGGUGGUCUACAAGCGUGAGCCAGCUGUGGAAAGAGUGAUAGAAUUUGCAGCAAAGUUUGUUACAUCAUUUCACCAAUCGGAUGUGAAAGAUGAGGAGGAGGAGGAGGAAGAAGAUGGUGGCAUUUUAAAUUAUUUGCUUACUUUUCUCUUAAAGUGUCAUGAAGCAAACAGCAAUGCAGUCAGGUUUAGAGUGUGCCAGCUCAUAAACAAGCUUCUGGGAAGUAUGCCGGAAAAUGCUCAGAUCGAUGAUGAUUUGUUUGAUAGAAUUAAUGAAGCCAUGCUUACUAGAUUGAAAGAUAAGAUUCCAAAUGUGAGAAUACAGGCAGUACUGGCUCUUUCUCGACUCCAGGAUCCCAAGGAUGAUGAAUGCCCCGUGGUUAAUGCAUAUGCUACUUUGAUUGAAAAUGAUUCAAAUCCAGAAGUUAGGCGUGCAGUGUUAUCAUGUAUUGCACCAUCAGCAAAGACUUUGCCAAAAAUUGUAGAACGCACCAAAGAUGUAAAAGAAAAUGUCAGAAAGCUGGCUUAUCAGAUUGUAGCUGAAAAGGUUCAUAUGAGAGCUAUGUCCAUUGCUCAGAGAGUAAUGCUCUUUCAACAAGGUCUUAACGACAGAUCAGAUGCUGUGAAACAAGCAAUGCAGAAGCAUCUUCUCCAGAGCUGGUUACGUUUCACUGAAGGGAAUAUUUUGGAGUUGCUUCAUCGAUUGGAUGUGGAAAAUUCUUCUGAAGUGGCAGUCUCUGUUCUCAAUGCCUUAUUUUCAAUGACUCCUCUCAAUGAGCUUGUGGUAAUCUGUAAAGAUAAUGAUGGCAGGAAAUUGAUUCCAGUGGAAACAUUAACUCCUGAAAUUGCUUUGUAUUGGCGUGCCCUUUGUGAAUAUUUGAAAUCAAAAGGAGAUGAAGGUGAAGAAUUUUUAGAGCAGAUUUUGCCGGAACCUGUAAUGUAUGCAGAGUAUUUACUGAGUUACAUCCAGAGUAUUCCAGUAGUUAAUGAAGAACAGAGAAGCGAUUUUUCCUACAUUGAAAACUUGAUGACAAAAGAGUUCAUAGGUCAGCAGUUGAUUCUAAUUAUCAAGUCUUUGGAUACCAGCGAAGAAGGAGGAAGGAAACGACUGCUGGCUGUUUUGCAGGAGACUCUCACUCUACCCACAACUCCAAUAGCCCUAGUUUCUUUUCUUGUUGAGAGACUACUCCACAUCAUUGUAGAUGAUAAUAAGAGAACACAAAUUGUUACAGAAAUUAUCUCAGAGAUUCGUGCACCCAUUGUUACUGUUGCUGUUGAUCCAUCUGAUGCAAGAAGAAAAGAACUCAAGAUGGCUGAAAUAAAAGUUAAACUUAUUGAAGCAAAAGAAGCUUUGGAAAAUUGCAUUACCAUACAAGAUUUUAAUCAGGCAUCAAAAUUAAAAGAAGAAAUAAAAGCAUUGGAAGAUGCCAAAAUAAAGCUGUCAAAAGAGACAGAGCAACUUGAAAUUAAAGAUGUCCACACAGAGAAGAAUGAUGUGGAAACACUUCAGAAGUGUCUUAUUUUGUCCUAUGAACUGUUGAAGCAGAUGUCUAUCUCAACUGGUAUAAGUGCAACCAUGAAUGGGAUCAUUGAAUCUUUGAUUCUUCCUGGAAUAAUAAGUGUUCAUCCUAUCAUAAGAAAUUUGGCUAUUUUAUGCUUAGGAUGCUGUGGACUUCAGAAUCAGGAUUUUGCAAGUAAACACUUUGUGUUACUAUUACAGGUUUUGCAAAUUGAUGAUGUCACAAUAAAAAUAAGUGCUUUAAAGGCAAUCUUUGACCAACUGAUGGUGUUUGGGACUGAACCAUUUAAAACUAAAAAAGUCAAGUCUCUUCAGUGUGACGGUGCAGAAAUCAAUGGUGACAAUGAGCCAGAAGCAGAAGUUGAAGAGACAGCUACAGCCAAGAAUGUUCUAAAACUCCUUUCUGAUUUUUUAGACAGUGAGGUAUCUGAACUCAGAACAGGAGCUGCAGAAGGACUAGCCAAGCUGAUGUUCUCUGGGCUUUUGGUCAGCAGCAAGAUUCUUUCUCGUCUUAUCUUGUUGUGGUACAACCCUGUGACUGAAGAAGAUGUUCGACUUCGACAUUGCCUAGGCGUGUUUUUCCCCAUAUUUGCUUAUGCAAGCAGGACUAAUCAGGAAUGCUUUGAAGAAGCCUUUCUUCCAACUCUGCAAACACUGGCCAACGCCCCUGCAUCAUCUCCUUUAGCUGAAGUAGAUAUCAUGAAUGUUGCUGAGUUGCUUGUAGAUCUGACAAGACCAAGUGGAUUAAAUCCUCAAGCCAAGAAUUCCCAAGAUUAUCAGGCCUUCACAGUACAUGACAAUUUGGCUGUAAAAAUUUGUAAUGAGAUCUUAACAGGUCCAUGCUCACCAGAAAUUCGGGUCUAUACAAAAGCUUUGAAUUCUUUAGAACUAAGUAACAAUCUUGCAAAAGAUCUUCUGGUUCUACUGAAUGAGAUUCUGGAGCAAGUAAAAGAUAGGACGUGCCUGAAAACUUUGGAAAAGAUCAAGAUUCAGUUAGAGAAAAAUGAAAGAUUUGAUGACCAGUCUGUGGAAAUACAGGAUGUCAACAUGACUGCUGCUGUUCUUGAAAAUGAAGAUGAAAAGAAUAAAGAAGUAUAUAUGACUCCUUUCAAGGAUGUAAAAGCAUCAAAAUUCACUCAGGAGAAGACUAACAAAGGACGGAGAAAAGUGACAGCUUCUGCUAAGACAAACAGGAAACGUCAGACUGCUGAGGCUGGCUCUCAAAGUGAUGAUGAAGUUCCAGAAUCAGAACUGAAAGUGAAGAUGAGAUUACCAAGAAGAGCCAAAACAGCAGCACUAGAAAAAAGUAAACUUAACCUUGCACAGUUUCUCAAUGAAGAUAAAAAUUAGGAGAGAUGGUGGAAGUGAAGUUCUUUAAAAGUAUGCUUAUUUCUUUGCUUUAAUAAAGUUAUCCUUGUAUUAAAAUCAG